AGCCACGUGUGCCCGGCUGGGGCCUGGCCCCAGCUGAUGCCCCCGAGGGGCCACCCAUCUCAGGAGAGGCUUUGGGCCUUGUCCUCCCUCCCCAUGGCACAUGGCCCAGAGCCUGAGGUCGAGGGAUUGUUGGACCUCAGCUUCCUGACGCAGGAGGAGCAGGAGGCCAUUGCUGAUGUCCUCAGACGAGAUGCCCGCCUGCGCCAGCUGGAUGAGGGGCGGGUCAGCAAGCUCCGGGCCUCGCUGGAAGACCCCAGGCAGCUGAAGACCCUAACAGGAGACUGGUUCCAGGAGGCACGUUCCCAACGGCACCAGCAUAGCCACUGGGGCUCUGACCUUGUCCGAGCCUCUAUCCGCAGGAAGAAGAGCUCUAGGGGAGACCAAGCUCUGGGCAGUGACGGAGAGGCUGAGGCUUCUGGGAAAGAGACUGAAGAGGAGGCCAGGCCCAGGUGGCUCCCCACAGAUGAGGAGGCCCCUCAAGAGAGGCGUGGUGAGACUCAAGAGCCUGACUUCCCCUCACCACUAAAGGUCUCAGAUCAUGAGGAGGAGCCCCAGAUGCAGGAAGCCCCCGGCCCCGGGGACGCGCAGGUGGACGCGGAGCAGGCGGAGCCCCAGCCGGAGCCGGAGCCGGAGCCGGAGCCCGAGUUUAAACCGAAGCCGGAGCUGGAGCCCUCGCCCGGGGCGAGGAAGGCGGCGGAGGAGCCGCGGCCCGGGUCCGCCCAGAUCGAGGUGGCAUCUGAGAUCCUGGAGAACGGGGAGGAGGCUCCGGGGCCCGGCCCCUCACUCGACCGCAUGCUCAGCAGCAGCUCCUCCGUGUCCAGCCUCAACUCCUCCACGCUGAGCGGCAGCCUGAUGAGCCUGUCGGGGGAGCUGGAGGCGGGCGCGGUGCAGGUGUGCGGCUCUCUGAACUUCGCGCUGCGCUACGAUCCCGGGGCCCGGGAGCUGCGCGUGCACGUGAUCCAGUGCCAGGGCCUGGCCGCAGCCCGGCGCCGCCGCUCUGACCCCUACGUCAAAAGCUACCUCCUCCCAGAUAAGCAGAGCAAGCGCAAGACAGCUGUGAAGAAACGAAAUCUGAAUCCGAUCUUUAACGAGAUUCUCCGGUACUCUGUCCCUCAGACUGAGCUCCCGGGUCGUGUGCUGAGCCUGUCCGUGUGGCACCGUGAAAGCCUGGGCCGCAACAUCUUUCUGGGUGAGGUCGAAGUGCCUCUGGACACGUGGAACUGGGACUCCGAGCCCACCUGGCUCCCCCUGCAGCCCCGGGUCCUACCCUCUCCCGAUGAGCUGCCCAGCCGCGGUCUCCUCUCGCUGUCCCUCAAGUACGUCCCUGCCGGCUCCGAGGGUGGGGGACAGCCUGUGAGCGGGGAGCUGCACUUCUGGGUCAAGGAAGCUCAGAACCUCCUGCCGCUGCGCUCCGGGUCCCUGGACUCCUUCGUGCAAUGCUCCGUGCUGCCUGACGAUAGCCGAGCUGGCCGCCAGCGUACACGGGUAGUGCGACACAGCCUCAGCCCCAGGUUCAACCACACCAUGGUGUAUGAUGGCUUUGGGCCUGCUGAUCUGCGCCAGGCCUGUGCUGAGCUCUCCCUCUGGGAUCACGGGACCCUGGCCAGCCGCCAGCUGGGGGGCGUCCGCCUCAGCCUGGGUACUGGCAGCAGCUACGGGCUCCAGGUGCCCUGGAUGGAUUCCACACCCGAGGAGAAGCGCCUAUGGCAGACACUCCUGGAGCGGCCGUGUGAGUGGGUGGACGGCCUUCUACCCCUCAGAACCAACCUAGUUCCCAGGACUUAGCCCUACCCAACCACUCUCUUAGGGGCGCCAUCCCAGGGCCUGUCCUUAGCUAAAGUCAAUAAAGUUUCUUCUGAGGUCACUAA